UCUCGCGCCCCGGGCGCUGCGAGCCGCCAGAUCCCCGCAGGCUCGCCAUGCUCCCCUGGGGGCUGAGCUGCCUGUCGGUGCUGGGGGCGGCGGGCACCGCUCUCCUGGGCGCCGGCCUGCUGCUCAGCCUGGCCCAGCACCUCUGGACGCUCCGCUGGACGCUGAGCCGGGACCGGGCGUCCGCCCUGCCCCUGCCCAAGGGCUCCAUGGGCUGGCCCUUCUUCGGCGAAACGCUGCACUGGUUAGUUCAGGGCUCCCGCUUCCACAGCUCCCGCCGGGAGCGCUACGGGACAGUGUUCAAGACGCACCUGCUGGGCCGGCCGGUGAUCCGCGUGAGCGGCGCCGAGAACGUGCGCACAAUCCUGCUGGGCGAGCACCGCCUUGUGCGCAGCCAGUGGCCGCAGAGCGCGCACAUCCUGCUGGGCUCGCACACACUGCUUGGCGCAGUUGGUGAGCCGCACCGGCAGCGGCGCAAGGUCCUGGCGCGUGUGUUUAGCCGUGGGGCUCUGCAGCGCUUCGUGCCCCGCCUGCAAGGGGCGCUGCGGCGCGAGGUGCGCUCCUGGUGCGCGGCCCGUGGGCCGGUUGCUGUCUACCAGGCUGCCAAGGCACUCACCUUUCGCAUGGCUGCGCGCAUCCUCCUGGGGCUACGGCUGGACGAGGUCGAGUGCGCGGAGCUGGCCCGGACCUUCGAGCAGUUCGUAGAGAACCUCUUCUCGCUGCCCCUGGACGUUCCCUUCAGCGGUCUGCGCAAGGGCAUCCGGGCACGAGAUCAGCUGCAUCGGCACCUGGAGGAUGCUAUUGCAGAGAAGCUUCGUGAAGACAAGGCUGCAGAGCCAGGUGACGCCCUCGACAUGAUUAUCCAAAGCACGAGGGAGCUCGGCCAGGAGCUCUCAGUGCAGGAGCUGAAGGAGACGGCUGUGGAGCUCCUCUUCGCCGCCUUCCUCACCACGGCCAGUGCCAGCACGUCCCUCGUCCUGCUGCUCCUGCAACACCCGGCGGCCGUCGCCAAGAUCCGGCAGGAGCUGGCGGCGCACGGACUGGGGCGCGCGUGCGGCUGCGCGGCGGGGGCCGCGGGGGGCGGCGCUGGGCCCCGGCCCGANUCCUCCGAGCCUUCGCUUUCCGCCCAGGAAACGGGCCGAGCUCGGUCACAUUCCCCCGGAUACACGAAGUGCGUUCCUGCAGACCCCGGGGCGGAGGGUGGGUUCAGGACCUUAUUCCAAGCGCCUCAUAGUCAGGCGGGUCUCCUCACUUCCCCACAGGGCUACCAGAUCCCCAAGGGCUGGAGCGUGAUGUAUAGCAUCCGGGACACGCACGAGACGGCCGCGGUGUACCGCAGCCCGCCUGAGGGCUUUGACCCCGAGCGCUUCGGCGCGGCGGGCGAGGAUGCGCCGGGCGCCUCCCGCCGCUUCCAUUACGUCCCCUUCGGCGGCGGAGCGCGCAGCUGUCUCGGCCAGGAGCUGGCACAGGCGGUGCUCCAGCUGCUGGCAGUGGAGCUGGUGCGCACGGCGCGCUGGGAACUGGCCACGCCUGCCUUCCCCGCCAUGCAGACCGUGCCCGUCGUGCACCCGGCGGACGGGCUGCGGCUCCUUUUCCACCCGCUCGCGCCUUCGGCAGCGCGAGAUGGGCUACGCCUUUGAGCCGCUGCGCU